AUGCAAGCGAUUGACACCGGUCGUUUGAUGCAGCCUGGUUCUAAAGUCUCCAGCAACGGAACUGAGUCGACGGGCUUUUCUCAUAACGCAUACACAUCCAACCAACCACUAAGCUUCACUGAUCGUAACUCCCGGAGAGCCAACAUACCUGCUAUCAACACCAACUCUACUCCUUCAAACUCCAAAGAUCAGCUCCCGUACGGUACUCAGUUCGACAUGAACUUCGCUCCCUUACUCCCAUCACAGCUCCUCCUUGGUAGCCCCUUUCAGCCAGGGACCCCUUCGGCCUUCGCCUCACCACAGUUUGGCAACUUCCCAGGAUUCUCGCAGUCCAAUCAGAAUGUCGAACAGAGUCACCAACCCCAACUCAACAGCCCAACACAAGCUCAGCAUGGCCCACUGUCGCCUCAGAUGUACCAAAGUCUGAUGUCUCCUGGUGCCAUGGGAAGUUCUGCUCUGUUAGCGGGUCCAAAUUCUCCGAUAUCAGGGCUUCCAGCGUUUGCAAAUGCAUUUGCCCCAAGCCCGCAGCUUCAAUCCGGACAUGGUAUCCUAUCAGGAACUAGCCGAACCGUGUAUCUAGGAAAUCUACCGCCAGAAACCACCUCGGAAGAAAUUUUGGGCCAUGUUAGGAGUGGCCAAAUCGAGUCCGUUCGUCUCCUCCCCGACAAGAACUGCGCCUUUAUUUCGUUUCUGGACAGUAGUUCUGCUACUCACUUCCAUUCUGAUGCCAUUUUGAAGAAGCUGUCGAUCAAAGGUAAUGAUAUAAAAAUCGGAUGGGGGAAGCCAUCACAAGUUCCUACAUCAGUAGCACUUGCUGUGCAACAAUCUCAUGCAUCUAGAAAUGUAUACCUUGGGAACUUGCAUGAGGAUGUCACUGAGGAGGAACUACGCGAGGAAUUAGGGAAAUUUGGCCCUAUUGAUACUGUGAAACUUGUGAAAGAAAAGUCGAUUGGCUUUGUUCACUUCUUGUCUAUCAGUAACGCAAUCAAGGCAGUUACCCAGCUUCCUCAGGAGCCCAACUGGCAACCUCCAAAGAGAGUUUACUAUGGAAAGGAUAGAUGUGCCUAUAUCUCGAAAACUCAACAACAGAAUGCUGCACAAUAUCUAGGGAUCGCUCCUGGAUAUGCCCAUACGCUGAACUCUCACGAUCGUGAUAUACUUUCUAAUGCGAUCGCACAGCAAUCCCUAGCUGCUGCUGCAGUUGCAACGUCAGCCGGUGGCAUGCAUAACCUUGGAAACAGGACCGUUUACCUGGGUAACAUUCACCCAGAGACGACAAUAGAGGAGAUUUGUAAUGUUGUCCGCGGUGGACUCCUACAUCAUAUUCGAUACAUACCAGACAAGCAUAUCUGUUUUGUCACCUUUGUCGAUGCUACAUCCGCCGCCUCGUUCUACGCGCUUAGCAACAUGCAAGGUCUAAUGAUCCACAACAGAAGGCUUAAAAUCGGAUGGGGCAAACAUUCUGGUGGACUUCCAACCGCAAUUUCCUUGGCUGUUAGUGGGGGUGCAUCCCGCAAUGUUUACAUCGGCAACCUCGAUGAAACCUGGACUGAGGAACGCUUGCGCCAGGACUUUUCGGCAUAUGGCGAGAUUGAAUUAGUCAACACGCUUAGAGAGAAGAGUUGUGCUUUCGUGAAUUUCACCAAUAUUGCCAACGCUAUCAAAGCAAUUGAAGGAAUGCGGGGUUCAGAAGAUUAUAAACGAUUCAAGAUCAACUUCGGAAAAGACCGCUGUGGUAAUCCUCCUCGCCAGGUCAACAAUAACCAGAAUGGCAACCGCGCGGAUGGCUCUAGCAAUUCUGUGAACGGUGCUAUUCAGUCAGGUAGCAACCAGAACGGACAACAAUCGAGCCCAACUCGACCUGCUCUGUCCCCCGUUACUGGAUCGUCUGGUUCCUUAUCCCAGAAUGGCCAAAACAAACAUCCCUUACACUCGAUAGCAAGCCCUGGCUCCCUCAUAAGCUCUGGAAGCAACAACCCCUUGACUCUUUACCUUAGCCAGGUCUCGCAACAAACUAGUCGCGAACAAGAGUCUCGCCUGAGCAACUCUAUGCAGUACCCUUCGCUUCAAUCCCAGAACUAUGGGCAAUCCCAAAGCAACCACGGCCAUACCCAUAGCCACAGCCACUUUGAGGGUAGCAACGGAGUGGUGGAUAACGGAGCACCAGGGGAGCCCCUCCUCCAGCACAAAUCAUCUCUCAACGGAUUGUUAAACGUCUCCAGCGCUUCCAAUGCAGCACAGCAGCAGCACAGCUCGGCGAAUGGAAACUCACUGAGUGUUCCGCGUGCCCAGCAUUCUCGAACUGUUAGCUUGCCAUCGUUUUCUCAGGAGCGAUUUGGCCAAGGUCCACAUUCACAUCUUCCAUCACGAUCAGGCAUGAAUCAUCAGACCCAGGGAAGCUUCUCAGGCUUCGGUGGGCUAGGAGGACUUAACCACGGCGGUUUUGGCGGUCUCUCCAUAACUAAUGAAGGCUCUCUUCCCGGAUGGGCUGAGGAAGAGAUUGGCGCCAAAUAA